UACAAUGGUAAUAAACAAUAUGCUAACCUUUAUCCAAACAAUAAGGACACACACAACAGGCCACAUGUACAUGAACCCACAAGUGAUGGAAAAAAGCUCAUUUGUUAGUAAAAUUACUGAUGGUUAGAUCAUCCAUUCAAUCGUGCUCGUGUGUUCCUGUGGGGAGUAUUUUCUGCCACUGAACGAAUGAUCAGAGGUUGUAUAUAAUUAGCAUCUUUUAAUUUGUUUUUAUUAGAAACCAUUUGGUGUACUCUUAACUAAACAAUACUGCUGACAUACAAAACCAAUCAGGUUUGGCAGGUUGAGUUUGGAAAAGUGGGUGGGACAGAGAUCUAUUUCAUAUUGUGUUCGUACGGUACAGUUGUUUCUAUCUUUUAUCAGUAAUGGCUUCGUCGAGCAGUUUCCUGUGUGCAGAUCAUUUGGUUUGUUCAAUCUGUCAGGAUGUCUUCAACAACCCAACGACGAUUCCGUGCGGACACAACUUCUGCAUUAACUGCAUCACAGCGCAUUGGAACAGCAGCUUGGGGAGUCUAUGUCCCCUAUGUAAGAAAUCCUUUCAUUUAAGACCAGACCUUGCUAUCAAUAGAGAGUUCAGAGACAUCAUUGAUCAACUGAAGCGGGGGGAAAGUCCUAUUCAACCUGGAAAAACUCCAUGUGACGCCUGUGUAAAGAUAAAGCGAGGCGCUGUAAAGUCUUGCGUGGAUUGCGGUGUAACUUUUUGCAAGAUGCAUCUAGAGCCUCAUAACACUGUAGCAAAACUCAAGAAACACAAACUGAUCGAACCUCAUGAGAUUUUGAAGGAUUAUAUAUGCCAGAAGCACGACAGACCUCUGGAGCUGUUCUGUAGAGAUGAUGAGAUGUUUUUGUGCCUUUUUUGUAUAAAGGAAGACCACAAAACUCACAACACUGUUACUUUAGAGGAGGAAAGUGCAGAAAGGAAGACUCAUUUUGGAAAGAGCAAGGCAGAGGUUCAAGAGAUGAUUCAGUACAGAAUUAAGAGAAGUGAAGAGAUCAAUAAACCGGUACAGCUCAGCAGGCAAAAAAUAAACAAAGAGAAAGCAGACUGUGUUGAGAUCUUCACUCUUUUGAUGCGCUCCAUUGAGAGAUGUCAGUCUGAGCUGUUUAAUCAAAUGGAGAUGAAGCAGAAAGCAGCAGAGACUCAUGCUGAAGAUCUCAUUAAAGAGCUGAAGGAGGAAAUCGCUAAACUUAAAAUGAGAGACAAUGAGCUGGAGAAGCUCUCACAUACUGAAGAUUACAUCCACCUCCUACAGAGUUAUCCAUCCCUGUGUAGCCCUUUAAACAGUAGGGACUGGUCUGAGAUCAGUAUUACCACUCCUUGUUUGAGCUUGGAUACCGUGAGGAAAGCGCUGACAAAGCAUCAAGAAUUGCUCAGUGUGUCGGUGACGAAAGUUACAGGAAUUGAGCUAAGCAAAAUAAAGUUGUUUGCAGUGAACGUGACUAUGGAUCCUCAAACAGCUCAUCCUAAACUGCUCUUAUCUCUGGAUGAGAAACAAGCCAAAUAUGAAGAAAUACGACAGGAUGUUCCAGACGGCCCGAUGAGGUUUGACACUUGCCCCAGUGUCCUGGGAAAAGAGGGAUUCUCUUCUGGGAAAUUUUAUUUUGAGGUUCAAGUGAAAGAGAAAACUGAGUGGGAUUUGGGGGUGGCCACAGAGUCUGUUAACAGGAAGGGGACACUUACUUUAAGUCCGAGGAAUGGAUUCUGGGCUCUGUGGUUGAGGAAUGGAAGUGAAUAUAAGGCCUGUAACUUCCCGUCUGUCUCUCUCUGUCUGAGGGUAAAACCGCAGAAGGUGGGUGUGUUUGUGGAUUAUGAGGAGGGUCUGGUCUCAUUUUAUGAUGUAGAGUCCAGGUCUCAUAUAUACUCUUUCACUGGUCAGUCUUUUAACGAAAAACUGUACCCGUAUUUCUGCACAGGCUUUAUUAAUGGAGAUCAAAAUUUAGCUCCACUGAUCAUUCUACCUGUACUAGAAAAUUAGUCAUUAUACCUUUAUACAUAAGGAUAAUUGCAGGGGAAGUUUUCUGUGUACCUGUGACACAUGCAGUACAUAAGCUAAAAGGGACACUCCACUUUUUUUGAAAAUAUGCUCAUUUUCCAGCUCCCCUUGAGUUAAACAUUUGAUUCUUACUGUUUUGGAAUCCAUUCAGUUGAUCUCCGGGUCUGGCGCUAGCACUUAUAGCAUAGCUUAGCACAAUUCAUAGAAUCUGAUUAGAUCAUUAGCAUCACGCUAAAAAAUAACCAAAGGUCUUAGUACACGAUGUAACUACGAGUCAAGUUUUAAAUACCACUCAAAAAAAUGAUUCAAGCCCUUCUUAGAAAUGACACAUUAAAAUUGUGUUCAAUUAAUUUAAAAUACCUCAUUAACUCUUUCCCCACCAUUGACGAAAUAUCUCGUCAAUCAAGAGAAACGCUUCCCCGCCAAUGACGAGUAUUUCCGUCUCUCCGCAAUACCGCUAUAAUCCACUAGGUGGCGCCCUUCCGCAACUUUUUAAACCCGGAAGUAUUGCCCUAUGGCAAGCUGCUGCAUGUCCGUGUCUGUUUGAAGAUCGCUCUGAAUGGGAUCUCUAUGAAAAGUCCGUCACAAAAAUGGAAUUAUCUCUGCUUUUUGCUCAAAAUGUGGUGUUUUUGCAGAAACCUACCCAUAUUCAAAAGCUGAUUACAAAAGAACUACUCAAGGUAGGAUGAAACGUUUUUUUUUUGUUUGAAAGCAGAGGGUCUGUUCUUUCAUUUGGUAUAUUAUAUGUUUAUAUAUUUGAAGAAGAACAUUUUCUGGAAGGCAUUAAACUUUUGUGAAAAUCAUGAAAAACGCUGGCGCUGGCUGGCAACUUUUUUAAAAAACGCUGGCGGUGAAAGAGUUAAGAGCAAUAAGUAUAUAUAUUUAAUUAGUCUAACACAAAAAUGAAUAUGUACUAUAAUUUAUUGAUUUAUUUUUAAUUGCGUUAACACAAUUAGUUUGAGUUCGGGUUCUGGAAAAAGAAUUUCCCAGCAUGCUUUGC